AUGGUAGUCGGACGUAUCGUAUCAUACGUAUACAUCGGUAUGGAACUGGCUCUUGUGCCUGUAACGCAGUCCGAGUUAGUCCCAGCACCAGUACGAGGCGCCACCGUCGGUACAUAUCAGUCUGCACUACUUAUCGGUCAGCUCAUUGCGUCACUGAUAUGCCGAGGUACCGGCAAUAUCGACGACGAUAGAUCCUGGCGCAUACCUCUUGGCAUACUAUUCAUCAUCCCGACCAUCAUGUUGUGCGCCGUGUGGUACAUACCUGAAAGUCCGCGCUGGCAGCUCCAAAAGGAUCGGCCUGAAGAAGCUAUAGCAAACUUGCGCCUAUUGCGCCAGGGCAAGUUCACCGAGGAAGAAAUUCAACAGGAAUAUCGCGAAUUCCAGGGCACAUUAAAUGCGACGGCCAAGAGGGGAAGAUUCAUUGAGCUGUUCCAGGGAACUAAUCUAAAGCGCACACUCAUCGUCUUAGGGGUGAACAUAUUCCUGCAGCUGACUGGGCAGAACUUCGUUUCAGUCUACGGCGCCAUCUUUAUCAAGAGCUUAGGUGUCAUCAAUCCUUUCACCAUGACCUCCAUCAAUACUGCUGUGAGCAUCGUAUUCGUCUUUAUAUGUCAGCUCGCAACAGACAAGACUGGUCGAGUACCACUGAUGUUUGUUGGUGCAAUCAUCCAAUGUGGUGGCCUCAUGACGAUGGGCGGUCUCGGAACGGUCGCCAGUCCUUCCUACUCAAUCAAAGCUACUAUCGUAAGCAUGGUGACCGUCUUUGGGGUUGGCUUCCAACUCGGCUGGGCUCCUCUUUCGCAUGUCGUGGCCGCGGAGAUUCCAACUCAGCGUCUCCGCGAUACAACUUAUGCACUUGGCUCCGUCUUCAACAUUGCAAUUCAAUUCGCUGUUUCUUUUUCCAUACCUUACCUACUCAACGAGCCGUAUGCAGCGCUAGGAAGCAAGGUUGGAUUCAUAUUUGGCGCGACCGCAGCGGGUGCUGUGCUGUUCACGUGGUUCUGCAUUCCUGAAUGCAGUGGGAAAACGCUUGAGGAGAUCGAUGAGUUGUUUCUUGAGGGCGUAUCAGUCAGGAAGUUCCGGAAAACCAGAGCGACUGUACCGACAGCCCAGUAUAAGGGUGAUGGAAAGAAGGGUGACAUGAAGAUCGAAUCAGUUGAGGUGUAG